UGAUAUUUAGGCUCCGCCUCGUGAAUUACAGGCGGGGUUUAUUGUUUUCUCGUGCAUGUGGAUAUUUACGUCUGUCUGCGGUCCGUUACAUUGUUUGAUCUCCGUGAUUUGGUCGGGACUUUAUUUUAUUCGCAUUUACCGGCUCUCAAUACUGUAGAUGUAACUAAACAGCCAGUGAUUCAUUUGAGUCGUUUGACGCUUGAUCCGUGAGAAUCAACAAAUCCGAGUAUGAAGAAUAAACACUGAAGUAAGGACACUCAGGAGGAGCCUGUUUAUAAUGGGCUUCUUUCUUCAUCUUCAGGAAAUGAUUCAUAUUUAAAACACCAUGCCUCCAGUGACCUCUCAGGAACUCCCUCUCAACAUCUAUGUGGUCAUCUUUGGCACUGGGAUCUUUGUCUUUGUUUUAAGCCUGAUAUUCUGCUGCUUCUUUAUAAGUAAAUUGAGACACCAGGCUCGCAAUGUGAGAGCUGGAUACAAGAUGGUUGUAUUUAAAGAUGAAACAACACGGUUACAUACACAUGGGUUAACAUGUGCGGUCUGUUUGGAGGACUUCAGGACAAAAGAUGAGCUUGGAGUGUUACCAUGCCAACACGCCUUUCACAAGAGGUGUCUGGUGAAGUGGCUUGAAGUGAGAUGCUCAUGUCCCAUGUGCAACAACCUCAUCAGUGCUGAUCUGGGACAAACGCACAGCCCAGGAAACCUGCUGGAUGAACUGCUCUAAACUUCCUUUUCUGCCAAACUCUAACCUCAUUAAAGAAACUUCUAAUUAAGCUCUCUGACACGGGCCACAUUUUUUACCAUCUUAUAUUGUUCAAACUAAAGGCCUUUAUUUAAAAGCACUGCUGUUGUAAAACAUCAUUUGUAACGUUUUGUAUGUCUGGUUUAAAAUGUUUGCACAAUGUUUACAUACAAGAUUGUGGGUUUCA